CCGCCGGCGGUCGCCGUGGGAACGGCAGCCGGCGGCGCCAUGAGCGGGACGGUGACCGGCACGGUGCGGGCCCCGCUCCUUGGCGGCGGCCAGGUGGCUCCCGGCCGGACCUUCGACCGUCUCUACGACCCUCUGUACCCGCUCUCAAGUGAGAAGGACCAUUCAAAGUCGAACGUCCACAUUCAACUUGUCAGUGAUAAAGUGGUAAAGGCACCAAUGUUCAGAAAUAUGUUGAGUAGCUUGAUCUGUUUCCCGGGCUACAGUCUGUGCUUGGAGGGCAAAGAUCCAGUGCCUCCAUUUAUUGAGCGAAGAUGGAGAGGGAGGGCUCAGCAGUGCCUGGAGGCUCUUCAGCAGCUUGCUGCAGCUCAACCUUCUCUUCAAAUACCUCAAAUUGUGUAUGAAGAUCCUGAAGUUAGUGGAAGGAAUCGCUACAAAUAUUUUGCACGACCUCUCAUCCCUUAUAAUAAGCUGCUUCCACCACAUGUUGCUUACCCAAUGGCAAAGACAGAGCCUUAUGUCCAUUCAGCUACAAGAGACAGCAAGGUCUUUGGUCCCAGGUUAAGAACUUUGGGCACACAGACAGAUUACAGGGAUGGUGAAGCCCAGACGGAACCCUAUUCCCCUGAAUAUGUAGUUCCCAGUGACUCAGUCCCUGAACUUCUGACACUUGCUACACUCACUUGGGGUCGGGGGCUACCAGCAGGACUAGCUGAGGUGGAGAUGAUUGAACGUGCCCGGGAAAAACGUGCAUGGGAAGCAACUCUUCCAGCCAUGGACAGUGCCUCACAAAUCGCGAAGAGGAGGAAAAUGAUGGAUGACAUGGAGAGGAAGGAGUGGGCCUUUAGAGAACAGGAAAUAGAAAAGUUGCAGGAGGUUCGACUGGAAGUCUUAAAGAAGCUGCUGCAGAGGCGAGAGAAGUAUCAGAAUGAGCUGGAUGCCAAGCGCUUGGAUGACCACUGGCAAAAUCAUCAGAAGGCUAAAGAAGAGAAAAUGAAGAGAAGAGUGCAUGACUGUGCACUGAUGCUCAGGAAACUGAUAGCUAAGAGGAAUAAUGUGAUGGGGAAACUGGAGAGACGAGAUAUCAUCAAAGACUAUACUGACUUUGCAUCACAAACAUACGCUCCUUUGUCAAGAAUUGGUUAUUUCCCAGACAACCAUUCUGAACGCUUUGUGGUAAAAAACUUCUAUCUUAACACCUUUGCAGGACUGUGUGAACUGGAAGCAUCUCUCCCAGAUUCCGUGACCCAGGUCAAGGUUAAGGCGCCAAAACCUAAGUACACUACCACUAAGACUGGAUUUAUUAAAAGAUCAGCGAGGCUAGAGAUGGAGCUGGCACAGGUUCACCAGGCACUACUGGAGAAGAAGAGUGAAGUCAUGGAACCGAAGACACCCCUCCGUUUCCUUGAAAAAGUAGAGAAGCCUGUUCCUCGGCCACCCACUCCAAUCCUGGAAAAACCAUCAAUUGAGGAAGAGGAAACAGAACUGGCAGUGAUCUGUCUGCAGAAGUUGCUCCGAGGCAGGGCUAUUCAGAACAUGAUGUUUGAAGAGAAGGAGAAGCGUCUGGAACUGAUCCGAGAGCUGCGCACCACUCACGCACUCCAGGAGGAUGGACAGCUGCUUCUGAAGGCAGAGGAGCAAAUGACACUGGCUCUACAGAAACAGCGUGACUUGCAAAUGCACAAGCUGUCAUCAGUGGAAAACCACUUGGCCAGGGAAGAAGGAAGGGUACUGGCGAACAUAUUUGAUUUCCUGUCCAAAGAGCUGGUGAGGCUGCAAGAAGAACGCAAGAUCCACGCUUUUGUCAUGCUGGCUGAGAGGCAGAGGCGGAUGCGGGAAGCUGAGGAGCACGGACGUCGUCAGGUGGAAGAGAGGCGGCGCCGGGAAGAAGACGAGAUUUUCAAACAGGUGGUGAAAGUGCACCAGAGCACUAUUGACUCCUACUUGGAAGACAUUAUCCUGAGUAGCAUGGAGAACACAGCUGAAGAACAAGCCAGGGAAGAGAUUCAGAGAAGGGCUGUAGAAAUCAAUGACAUUGCUUAUGAAAUGGAAAGUCGUCGAACUCGCCUACAGUCAGAAGAGAUUGUAGCAGAGCUGGUUUAUGAUUUCCUGAUUCCAGAAGCUGAGAAAAUGUCUGUCAGAGAAAAAGGAUGUUUCCACUGACCAGCACGCUCAGAAGACCGUGACUAAAUCGGCCACCCAUGAAAAGCAGAUAUAACCUGAGAAAAGCAAUUGUAUCACAAUAGAGUCUGAAGUGGUCCUUGCUGCAGUGUACUUCUCUGACUUGAGAACAAAGGCACUUCGUUGUUUUUUUUUCUUGCUUUGUGAAUGAAAACACAAACACUGCAAACACAUUUCGUGGUCUCUGAAUUGUGCAAACAUUUUUCUUCCUAGUUUGUGUAUCUGUCACAUCAACAGUAUCUAUUCAGCAGCUGGCAAUUCUGCAUAAGCUUAAAUCAGCUCCCUUCUCCUUAGCCCUGCUUCUGCAAGCCUACCAAAGCAGGUGAUGUAAUUUUAGUCAAUGAAGCCUGCAGCUCAGGCACUCACACACACACAGGUUAGCCUGUCUCAGAAAGGAGAACAGAAAGAGAAGACUUGGAGAUGGCUUAGGAUUCCGGACAUACAGAGGUGUAGCAAGGAAGAGCAUAUGUACUUAAAUGCAACAGCAGCUAAUGAACAAAGAACCUCAGAAGCACUCCCAAGCGGCAGAGGAAAAAUAUCUUCAAAAUCUGUGAUAGCUACAGUGGUUUUCCUGGAAAGCAGAGCCAGACCCAGGCAAAAAUUAAAGUGGAUGCUGGUGGAAGAGCAAUAGGUGAUAAAGUACAAGAGCUCCUUCAAACGUGAUCAGAUGAAAUUUGCCACAAUAUUCUUGUGACAGCAGACAUCAAAUGUCGGGAAGAGACCUGGCUCAUACUCCUUUUUGCUAUUGCUCCACGGGGUGGAGGGGAUUCCACACACUUAAGAGAUCACAGAAUCCUACCAAAUGUACACCCUGAUGAGCACACCCUGCCGUAAACCUCCUGCACAGUGAUACCUUCAAGUGAGACAGUUUAUUCAUUACAAAACUGUGUUUUAGCAACCCACACAUGCUUGAGCGUACACCUUCCUUGAAACUAGCAGGAAGUCAUCUCGAGAGCACAGUUGUCUGGCCUGCCAAAGGAGCAGAGCCAUGUGUAGAAAGAAGAUUUGAGGGCCUGCAAGUUCAGUCUUUGCCUACACUUCAGCUUCACCUUAAACAUCUCUAUUUUGCCACUACCUCGUCUUUUCUUCUGGUUUUUUUUUCUUUCUCCUCUUUUUAGUCGCAUUCCUAUGCAUAAAAGCAGGGAUUAUCCAAUACUGGCUCAUCCUGGAGCCCCCCGCACCUCACUUCUGAACCCUCCCUCAUUGGAAGCAGAAGUCGAUGUGCUAAUGUGAAAAAACUUGCAUUUAAAAGGACGAUCACUCACCAAUUUGAGCCCACUUUCUUUUAGAUGGAAUUCAUGGUGGAUGGAGGGAGGGACUGCAGCAAUACCAGGGAAGUAUUCCUGGUAGAGUUGAUGCAGUUCAUGCAUACACAAUUGAAGCCUAAAUGCCUUGGGUGGAGCAAGCUCUCCUGGGAAUUGAGAGCCGGCUGGUGAAGGUCAGCUUUUCAAACGCAAGUGAGAUCCAGUUACAUUCAUUGUCAACAAAAUGGACCUGGGAGAUGGAUAAGCAUAAACAGGAUGGGUUCGUAAGGGUUAGUGACUGAGUCAGUGACAGUAGCCAGAACUGUAUGACAGUGUGCAAGGCACCAGUGGUUCAGAUUCACAGUUAAACUACAGCUCAGCCUUACGACAUAAACAGACCAAAGCAACAAGGAAGUCUUGGACUUUUGCAGGUUAGUGACACCAUGAGAGCCACAGCUCGUUCCUGCAACAUUCCCCACCCCUCCUUAGAAGCAUACAGUAUUUUAAUCCCCAUGAUUGUUUACCAGCAUCGUAAGUCCAGAAAGAGAAAGAGGGAACAAAGAAUAGUGAGGAGAAUUGUAGGGUGAAUGAUUUGGCUUGGGUAUUUAUUUCCCAAGAGGUGCGCUAGAAAUAUAUACAAAUGAGACUGGAUGAAAACUGUAAAACACAGUAAAGAAAAAUCCUGCAGUAGCAAAAGGGAGACGAUGAGGUUGGGGACUUAAUGUGUCUAUACUAUUUCCAAGCCUUACUUUGAACUCAGUAAGAGUUUCUCAGAGCAGACAAAAUAGUAACACAGGAGAGGGCAGAUUUCCGCUCCAGUCUUUCAGCAACCUGCUGCAAUUAACAGACACUGAAGGAGAACUUAUUUUAAAGCCUGAUAACAUAUCCUGGGCAGUUAUGCCCUAAGCUGGAAAGAAAAAUUCUUUGGCUGUGUUUCCCACUGUAGGGACUAGUCUUCAAAGUGAAAUGCAAAGUUGGUUGCUGCUAUUAGGUGGCAGUAGAACGCUUUCAGCCAAAGUUAGAAGGACAUGAUUUUUUUUUUCCCCUUGAGGUAGGCUUUUCCACAGCUGCAGGAAGGCUAAACGCUGUCUCUCCCUUCUCCCCUAGAGAGAACAGUUUGCUGUACGUUUCCAACUAAAAGCCUU